UAUUCAAACAUCACUAACAUCCCGCCAUUGGCCGUUGAUUCAAGAACUUGGCGAUCGAGAACCGAGAAAUGGGCGAUCAUUUGGCGAGAGGAGAAGAAUACGAGAGGAAAGCAGAGAAGAAGUUGAACAGCUGUGAAUGGUGGGGUUCCAAGUUCGACAAGGUCGAGGGGGCCGCCGAUCUCUUCUUCCAAGCCGCCUAUUGCUUCAAGCUCGCCGAAUCUUGGGACAGAGCUGGAUCAGCUUAUAUGGAGUCAGCAAAGUGUCAGUUAAAGGGUAAAAAUACUUAUGGAGCUAUCCUCACUUUUGUCUUUGCUGCCGAUUGCUACAAGAAAACAUCCUCCAAGGAGGCUAUAACUUGCUUGGAGCAUGCUGUGAAUGUGCUCAUCCAUAUAGGGAGUAUAGGGAGGGCUGCCAGAUAUUACCAGGAUAUUGGUGAGUUAUAUGAGUCUGAGCAGAACCUUGAACGUGCUGUUGACUAUUUUGAGAGGGCAGCUGACCUCUUCCAAAGUGAAGAAUUGAUUCUGUUUGUCCACGAGUGUAAGGAGAAGGUUGCACAGGUUGCAGCUCAACUAGAGCAAUAUCAGAAAGCUACUGAGAUUUAUGAGGAAAUAGCAUUAUAUUAUCUUCAAGAAGGUUUGAAGUUUGCACCGCGAAAACGUCUUCUGCAUGCUGGCCUUUGCCAAGUCUCCAAGGUCGAUAUAGUUGCUAUAGAAAAUGCAUUGGCAUGCUAUCAGGAACUUGAUCCAACUUUCUCCGAAACACAUGAAUGCAGAUUCCUAAAGGACCUCGCUGAUGCAAUUGACAAAGUAGAUGCUGUGAAGUUGAGUGAUGCUGUGAAGGAGUUUACCGACAUAACUCCCUUGGAUUCAUGGGAAGCAACUCUUCUGCUGAGGGUAAAGAAAAAGUUGGAGGCCAUGGAAUUGGGAAUGAAUAUCUCAGAUGAUUCUUCCUUGUUACUUUGAUAGCUUUUCAUCUUUUAACCGUCUCUGUCUAUUUUAGUUUGUUGAGAUAGCUUGGCUUUCUUGAUAUUUUCUUUUCCUCUUGGGGCUUCUAUUUGCAAAUAUGUGCUUGAUAACUCUUAGGAAAAUGAGAGUUGGGCAUGGGACAUGGAACUAUCGGAUCCACACUUUGGACAAUUCAUGUGGGUUAGUACGUGACUAUCAUGACCCGAACCCCGGGUGCCCCCUCGCGCGUGAUGGCGGGUGAUGCUGGCAGGUGAUGCUUGAAGGUGGGUUUAGAGGUAUUUGUUCAAGAGAUAGUCCUCAAAAGUACAUGAUGUUAGAGACGGCUUGAACACAUGAUCAAUGCCAUUUAAUGCUAUGAGGUCCAUUGAUCUAGAA